AAUGAAUAAGUAAAAUUUGUUUUCAUGUCAACUUGGGAGCGGUUAGGCUCCGAAUAAUAUUGAACCGGAAAAGGGGAACUUUGACACUACUGCGGCAUAGGAAUGUCAGAUCUUCCCUUGCUUGGUUCAGUCGACUCCAGCUCCCGCUACAAUGCCACCUCUAGCGAGAGGAGUGAUGACGGUCCAACUCUUCCUCCAGAUGACAUUGACAGACCAAUCGUGGAGAAGAGGCUUCUCCGUAAGUUAGACCUUCGAGUGGCCUUCCUAGUUCUGAUUUACAUUAUGAACGUCAUGGACCGUACUAAUGUAGCUGCAGCGCGGCUGCGUGGUUUCGAGGAGGACCUUGGCAUAACGGGGAAUCAAUUUAACAUACUCACCAGCAUCCUUUAUGUGGGGUAUUUGUUGACGCAGGCUCCUUCUAACAUGAUCUUACACCAUAUGAAAAGGCCAUCAUUAUACCUCUCGAGUUGCAUGAUAGCAUGGGCUGCUAUUACCGUGUUCAUGGGUGCGGUACAAACAUAUCAUGCCGCUCUUGUCUUGCGCUUUUUUCUUGGAUUUGUGGAGGCAACAUUCUGGCCCGGAGCUGUAUUCCUUCUUUCACGAUGGUAUAAGCGAAAUGAACUGGGGUUACGCACAGCCCUCCUUUUUUGUGGCAACUCCGUCAGUAAUGCUUUUGGUGCUCUUAUUGCGUCAGGAAUUCUAGGAAGUCUAGACGGUACACUAGGUUUUACGGCUUGGAGGUCUGAGCUGAAAUGCGCGUGCUUUCAAAUUUUCAAAUUGUUCUGAUUUUGCUGUUGCAGGUGGCUCUUUUUUGUGGAGGGCGCUUUGAACCAUUGUGGUUGCAGUGUCUGCAAUCUGGAUUUUACCCGAUUUUCCUUCAACACCGAGCGUCUGGCUUUCGCCUGAUGAACAGAUACUGGCUAAACGACGGAUGGAGGAACAAGUUGCGGCCAUUGGACACGAAGCUCGUUGUCAUUCACCAUUUUUUUCCCGACCC